AUGGCGAUGGUUAUGGAGAACCAGCAGCCGCUGGCGCGGAUGCCGCUGGUCCCGGCGCCACCCGUACCCCCUCCACCGCCGCCGCUGCCGCAAGCGUACAAGCACCGGUGCAAGGUGUGCAAGAAGGGGUUCAUGUGCGGGCGCGCGCUGGGCGGCCACAUGCGGGCGCACGGCGUCACCGACGACGGGCUCAGCGCUGACGACGCCCUCGACGACGACUCGGUCCCGUGUGGCGGCGGCGACUCUUCGGAGGCGGGCAGCGCGUCGACGGCGACGGCGACGGUGAAACGCAUGUACGCGCUCCGCACCAACCCGGGCCGGCUCAGGAACUGCAGGGUGUGCGAGAACUGCGGGAAGGAGUUCACGUCGUGGAAGUCGUUGCUCGAUCACGGCCGGUGCAACUACGACGAGGAGGAGGGCGACUUGGACGGCAACAUCGGCGACGCCGACAAUGAUGGCGAAGAGGGAGAGGAGCUGGCGUUAGCCUCAGGUUGGUCCAAAGGAAAACGCACGCGCCGCGCCAAGGUGAUGGUCGUCGGAAAUGGUUUCAUAACCGAUGAGCAAUUGCCAGCCCCAUCGAGCGAAGAGGAGGAUCUCGCCAACUUCCUAGUCAAGCUAUCAUCGUCAUCGAGCGCUACGCAGCCCCACGUCAUCAUUGAGGAUGAUCAGGAGUCGUGCGUGGUGAGCAAGGAUGCGCAAAUGAAUCAGCUUCUCGUGCCGCAGCCUAUCUCGAUGAUAGCCCCUGUGCCACAGCUGAAGCUGCUGGCUCCACCACAGGUGCUACCACACCAUGUCUCCACCGUGCCUCGUGGCAUGUUCGAGUGCAAGGCGUGCAAGAAGGUCUUCACUUCUCACCAGGCUCUCGGCGGGCACCGUGCCUCCCACAAGAAAGUCAAGGGGUGUUUCGCCGCAAAGCUAGAAAGCAACCGCAACGAUCCUCCGCAACCCAUCGUCUCCUCUGCCAGUGACAAGGUCAUUGUCGACGCCAUCCCAGCCAUGGUCGGUACCGAACGGAACCCUACCAGUGUCAAUGGCAACGCGGAGGGUGAUGCAGUCAACAUUGGAACCUCCGUAGUUGCCAUGGCCACUGCAGCACCUGAAAUGGCCGUCGACGAGGUGCCGGCGCCGUCCACCGCUGCACCAUUCAAGAAGAAGGGGAAGGUGCACGAGUGCUCCAUCUGCCAUCGCGUGUUCAUGUCGGGGCAAGCCCUCGGUGGCCACAAGCGAUGCCACUGGCUCACGACCGGCGCCGGUGACCCCAACGCGGCGGUCGCGAAGCUCCAGCCGUUCGUCACCCAAGACCACGUCAUGCACGCCAUGUGCCAGCAGCUCACCCUCGGGCGCCCGAUGUUCGACGCGUCCGACACGUUCCUCGACCUCAACGUGCCAUCGAACCCAUCGGCGGAGCCAGCCGCCGCGAGACAAGCGGCCGAGCUGAACGACAGCGUGCUGAGCCUCAACGCGCCGGCGUCGUUGUACAUGCACUCGUGGGCGGGGCACAGCAAUGCGAGCAAUAUGAACAACAGGGCGACGAGCGGCCACUAUGACGCGGCGGAGGCCACGGCCACGGAGGACGAAGCGGAUAGCAGGGGCGCGAAACGAGCCAAGAUCCGUGACCUCAAGGACAUGAACAUGGGUGGGGAGUCCUCGCCGUGGCUUCAAGUCGGCAUUGGCCUGCCGUCCAAGAUCGACGAGAAGGCUACUCAGGCGUGA